GUCUGACGUGGUUAACUUAUUCCACCGUCUUCUUUCCAACAAAACCCAAAAAGCCCUGGGGUUUAAGCUCUCACAACUCACAAGUCACAUUCUCUUACUCGACAAGUCUUCGCUAUUUCUCGACUCCGUAGAAAUCGAUUGGGGUCGGAAAAGAAAUGAUCAAACCUACUUCACGAGACAUCGAGGAGAUUGUUUCCAAGCUCUCUUCCGAUACAUCCAAAGCUCGAGAAGAAGGGGUUAAAUUGUUGAGUACCUGGCUAGAAGGCGAAAGAUCGUUCGGAUUUUGUGAGUAUAUUGGAAAGCAUACCGCUGCGCUUAAGCCUGAUGAGGUUCCUCAUGCUAAAACGUGGCCUUUUCUGGUGACAUUGCUCAUUAGAUGUGUAACUGUGGAGGUAAAUUCAACCAAAAAGUCUUCAACCAAGAGGCCUUCAACCAAGAAGAGCUUGCCUAAGCCAAGUUUUGCUAAGAUUCUUCGAGUUGUUUUACAGCGAGCAGAGAAUGUCAAGUUUCCUGGGAGCUUAUCUAUUUUACCUGUGGCUGUGACCCAGUUGCUUUUUAAUCAUAUCUUAGAUGUCUUAAAAGAUGUUCCAAGCUUUCAUUUAGAGUAUGGGGCUCUACUGCGUCAUCUUUUAGCAUCAAGGCAUUACAGAUUUCACAUAGGAAGAAAGGUCUAUGGUAGGUUGGUUCUUCUGUACAUGGAAAAAGUGGAGACAGGUUUGGGCAGUGAUGAUAUUGGUCAAACAAAGACAACAGAGGAAGUCGUUCGUUCUGUGCAGACGCUCCACUCGCUGCUUGACAACCCGCCUGGUGACUUCCCUGAUAAACUUCAAAACGACAUUGUCAAGGGUUUUGUCAGAAUUUUCUUGAAUGUGAGGAAUGAAAGCAAGAUUUCACGCAAACUGAUAGACUGUAUCAAUACAUACUUGUUAAAGGAUGGUCCAAACUUAGGAUGCCAAUCUCUGGAAAUCCAUCAUGCUGUACAACCAUUUAUUUUCCAAUGCUGGUCAACAAUUCAUGAUUGCGGGGAUUCACUUAUUUUGUACGCAAGGUUACAACUGAAUUUGACAAGAGGUGCUGCCGAUGAGAGUCUAUUAUUAGAGCAACUGAUGGAUGUAUUAGGCAAGGAACUAGAUCAAACCCAUACUUCUAGUACCUCUGCUCUGCGAUGUGGCACAACCAGAGACCAUAAACUGGGGAACUUGACAACCUCACAACAUGGUUUACUGGAUCUUGCUGCUCUUGUUUUUUAUCGGGCAUGUGUUAAUACAACAAAAGCACCAGCAGCAGAAAAAAGAGUCAGGAGGGAGCACCCUGAAGUUAUACUAAAAGGCAGACUCAUGAAAGGAAAGUGGUUGUGGAAUGCUACAUUUUGUUAUAUCAUCCGUAAUUACCGUAGGCGCCUCAGUAAGGAUCUUCUUGUUAGCUGCUUUAAAGGCCUGUGUGUAAGCAUUGAAAGAAUAAUUAAUGAUGCUACGAAGGAGCAUGCUUAUGAUGAUCUUUUGUGGACUCUGAGGAGUUUACAGGGCCUCUCUACGGUGUUGCUUGUACCAAGUGUGGAAUGGGAUACUUCGUCAAGGUUAUCUUUCACCGUGAGUGAGGUAGAAAAGGGUUGGCAUACAAUAUGGAACUGUCUGAUUCGUGGUUUGCCGAUGUUCAGUAAUGUCAAUACAGUAGCAGAUGCUGCUAUAAUCCUCCUUGGAAACAUCAUUUCACAUGUUCUACCGGAUACAUUUACUUUAUCUGAAGAUAUAUGGGAUCUUCGGUUGUUUAAAGUUUCACCAUCUCCGUCUUUGUUGUGCUUCAUAUCUUGUUACUUCUCACAGAGAGGAUCUCAAGGUGAUCUGCGGGAUGCCUUGCAUCUCAGACAGAAUCUUUUAAGAACAACGCUGUCUGUACUCACCUGGAAGAACACCAAAAUUUUCAAUGAGAGGAUGGUUAUAUAUUUGCCAGCCGCUUGUUUUGCACUUUGUUCUGGGUCUGCUUCUUUCCUACAGUGCGAUAGGGACUUGGCGAUUCCAAACUUCUUUCUAGAUGCUCUUGAAAUGGAGGGUGAAUUGUCGAUGGCAGAGAAUCGUGAUCAUACUAUUUGCUAUGAACUGUAUGCCUGCGCCCCUGAAGUUCUUGCUGAAAUUAAUAUCGUUUCUGGGUCUAAGGCUGGGCAAUUACGACCAUAUCAGAGCGUACGCCUUCCUCGGCAGAUAAGAGAUCCUCUACUCCAUGAAUUGGAAGACUGCAUUCUUGAGGCUGUAGUGAAUGAGAAAAUUGAAAAUUUGCUUUUAUCAGAUGUUUUCUUCAUAUCUGCUCUCUUAUCGAACAUCAUGUACAGUUCACAUAUGACAAGGAUAAGUAAAGAAGUGUCUCCAUUUCUUUCCAAAAUUGGUUUCUACUUGUCAGAUUUGCUUGAGUGUGCUGUUUCUAUGAUUCAGGAGUAUUUUAACGAUAUUAUGCACAAAUAUGACUCCAAAUCAAGCAUCGAUCGUGUCAAAUCCAUCUUAGUUUCAUUUAGAAGUUUAACUAGCUCUCCUCUAUUUGGAAUUUGGACAGUUCAUAAUGUGAUUGAUGUUAAGACACGUACUUCAAUCAAUGAAUCUUUUAAGAGGUUGCUGAAGGCUCUGGCAGAGCUGUAUGACAGAUCUAUCAGUUGCUCAGAUGAUCUUCAGUCCGAUAUAGAUGUGCCAGACUCCUCUAAAACGUAUGCUCCAGAUUCUUCCCAAGCAAAAAGCAGAAGUAAGAUUGUUGACAUGGAUUUGGAUGGGGAUGAUGAUGGAAAUGAUAUUGAGGGAAGUUCGCCUGCUUCUGCUGCAAAUUUGAAGUUGCACUUUGUAUCUCUUAUUUCAAAUUUUUUCGCUGUUGUGCCAGUUGCUGCAUGGGAUGUCAUGUUCAACCUCAUGGAGAAAGAAACUGAUCCAAGAGCGUUGGAAAGUCUUUUAACCAAUCUUUGUCAACACCCUUACUGGUCCUCCGACAAAAAGUUAUUGAACUUGGUUGUAUCAAUGACUGGUAUGGUUGAUAUGCUAGAAGAUCUAAAAUUGGAGUGUCUGAAUGUUGUGGUUGCCAUCUCGCAGUUGUUGCAGACGCUGCAACUGUCAUUGAGCACAAGUGAAAAGGAUGGCAAUAUUUCUUUCAAUGUAAACCAAAGGCUUUCUGAGAGCUUCAUAUCUCUUGGGGAUCUGUUGAGAAAACUUGCAGAAUAUGAUCUGCUUGAUUGGGUUGGUCGAGUUAAGCUAGUCGAUUGUAUAUGCAAUUAUAUUUUAUUGAAACCGCAAAUUGGUCAGACCAUGGUGGAGAAGCUGCUUGUGAUGCUUCAGGAUCCCGAUUAUCGAGUUCGGUUGAAUUUGGCCAGACGAAUUGGUGUUCUUUUUCAAACAUGGGAUGGCCAUGAUGAGCUCUUCCGUGAUAUAUGUUCAAAUUUUGGGGUGAAGUUAGUUUCCUCGAAGGAAAGGCUUGUUACAGCAGCAGAGGUCAUAAAAGCUGGUCCCUAUGCUCCUCAGAAAAUGGAAACUAUUAUUAUAACCCUCAUGCAUUUGGCGCUUCAUAGUGAAAAAAUGGAGUUGGAGGCAGUGUUUAUAAUGUGUGCCAUUGCUGCAAUUGAUCCUUGCCAGAGGGAACUGAUCGGUGCAGUAUUAGAUAAUCUAUCAAAAACACUGGAGUAUACUACAAGAUCAAAAUAUGUGGAGGAACUAAUUGCACAUAUACUGUUCUCUUGGGUUGCUUGUGGUGUGAGCUUGGCUGCUCUUAUUGAGACACGAGGUCUUUUUGUCUGGAAUGUGGAGCCUAUUAAUUUCAUUCAAUAUUGUUGCCCAUGGCUUCUUCCAGCUUUGAUGGUUCAUGGGGACACCGUUAACCUAAAUUGGGUUGCUAAGGUAGCUCGUAAGUCGUCCGCUGAUCUGGUUAGAAUACAUUUUGUGCCGAUCUUUUCAGUUUGUAUGGCACUCCAUUGCAGUAAGAAUUCUGGCUGGGAAAGUGGUGCAGCUUUGAUUCAGAGCUCAAUUUUGAGUAUUGCUGAGAUGUCUGAGAGUGAAAGAGACCAACUUAUUAAGAAGCAUAUGGUUUCUAUAGUUAGCAAUAUAUUAUCUCUUGCGUCUUGUGCAUCGAACCCUGCCCUUCCUUCUUUCUCUAAGGACACUGUUGUGGAUGCUAUAAGAACAGUUGUUGAUGGAUUUCUUGAGACGGAGCAAUGUGCUAGGGAUUUUGGCGUUCUUGACAAGAUCAAUAUAUUUCGUCCAGAUAGAGUUUUCAUGUUUAUAGUUGAAUUGCAUUACAAGGUAACUGCAGCUGUUCAUCCUAGGCAUAAGAGUAACAGGCUGGCGGGAAUUGAGGUUCUUCUCAUUAUUCUUGGAAAACGAGCUUCAGUUUCAAGCACCUCAAGUUACCUUUUCAACAUGGUGGGGCAAUUCAUUAGUUGUCAUGCUAUUCAAGACCAGUGUUGUAGCAUCAUAUCUACAAUGCUUAAAAUUUCUAGUCCAGCUCAUAAAGAUAUCACUAGAAUGCUAGGCGAACAACUUCAGUUUCUGGUAUCCAAGUUGGUCGAGUGUUGCAUUCCAUCUGGUACAAGUGAUCAAUUUUCUACCAGCCAAUCAUCUCAAGUCAUGUCGCUGCUCCAUCAACUCACUGUGGAGUCUGAUCCAUCUUUGCAUGACUACAUAAGAGAACUGCAACCUUUCCCCGAAAUAGAUUUAUUUGAUACUAUUCGAAGCUUCCACCAGAAAUUAUCUCAAAAUUACUCACCAAGAGAUCACCUACUCAAGCUUGUGAGGAGAUCUUGGCACCUUCCACCAAAAUUUCUACUAUGCAGCCUCCAAGCGUUGCACAGAAAAUUGUUCAUGGGAUAUGGCACAAAUUCAGGUAUAUAUGAUGAAACAUAUUGGCAUUCUGACAACGAAAUUGCGCGUGCAGUCUGGACUCUUGUCCACAUCAGCAGUUUGGACUAUGCAAAUAGUUUUGGAGAUCUGGUGUCUGAUUUCAUUUCAAAGGUUGGCAUUGGAGAUCCGCAUCGUGUUGUUUUCCACCUUCCCGGUGAAUCUAGCCGUGUACAUGUUUUUGGACAACUCAAUUGUGACACCUCUAGCGGGAAAAUUUUUCAGAAUGAGCCUGGGAUAUCUGAGGAACUUCUGAAGUCUGUUUUGAGGCUUCUGAGAAAGUACCUUAUGGAUGAUUCUGUUGACAUUAUAGAUAUGACAUCGCAGGUGUUGCGAGGAAUACUUUCAACUGAAAGAGGACAGCAAGCUUUACGAUCAUUUGAUUCCAACGAGCGAUCCCUUAUUGAGGUUCACUCUAAAGGUGUUAAUCUGGAGCUGGUACAAAAAUCCGUGCUGGAACUGGACAGAAAAUUCGACGCUGAUGAAAUUUCAGUAAAGAAGUCUGAUAUAUGGAAAACUCAUGGAAAAUCAUUUGAGUCAUGGAUCUGCUCACUUGUUCAUGCACUCAUUGGUUAUUGUGAUGACAUUAUUCUUAGAUUAUGUCAGGAUCUCGUGUUGCAGAAAGCUGAAGUUGCAGAGAUACUCUUCCCAAAUGUUAUGGUCAAUCUAGCUGGAAGGAAAAAUUUGGACUUUGACCUUUGUAAAUUGAUCUCUUCAAAGGUGCUGGAAAAUAUAUUUGUUGAAUCCAACGUGAUGGUGAAAUCGAUUCAGGUGAUGUUAAAUGCACUUAACGAAGUGCGCCUAUGUCAUGUCAUGGAGAGAACUGGUUCAUCUUUGGUACCAUCUAAGCGUGAUAGUUUGAAGGGUACUGAUAAGCCUUCAAGUUAUAAUUCAAGAUCACGUUCAUCAGUAAAGCUGAAGGAUUCGGCUGCAACGUCUACUGACUUGGUAAUAUCAUCAUCAUUGUGGGAAAAGGUUUACUGGCUUGCCAUUGAUUAUCUUGUAGUUGCGAAGUCAGCAAUUAGCUGUGGCUCAUACUUUACUGCUGUAUUGUAUGUCGAGCAUUGGUGUGAAGAAAAUUUCAAGUGCCUCACUUUAGGGAGCCCAGAUUUCUCUGAUCUUGAAUUACUGCCACACCAUAUUGAAAUAUUGGUCACUGCAGUCACUCAGAUUAAUGAGCCAGACAGUUUGUAUGGAAUUGUCCAGUCAUGUAAGUUGUCAUCGCAAAUUAUAACUUUCGAGCAUGAAGGAAAUUGGAGCAAAGCUCUUGAGUAUUAUGAUUUGCAAGUUAGGUCUGAACCGAGUGUACCCUCCACAAAAUCAUUACCUGAAACUUCUCAUCAAAGAGACAAUUGUUCCUUCCCUUUGACUGAAGAUGAGACGAAGAUACGAAAACCUUACAAAGGACUGAUCAGAUCCUUACAGCAACUUGGCUGCACUCAUGUGUUGGACUUGUAUUCCCAAGGAUUAACAUCUCGGAAGGGACGUUUUCAGCAUGAUUUUGAGUUCACUGAGCUUCAGUAUGAAGCUGCUUGGCGUGCUGGAAACUGGGAUUUUUCCUUGCUUUAUGAUGCAGCAUUGUAUUGUAAUUCAAGUCCACAAACUAGAAGUGAUCAUUUCAAUGAGAACUUACACAGUUGUUUCCGGGCAUUACAGGAGGGGGAUGUUAAAGAUUUUCACUUGAAACUAAAAGAUUCAAAACAGGAGCUUCUUUUCUCUAUCUACCAUGCUAGUGAAGAGAGCACAGAGUACAUCUAUGCAGCAGUCGUUAAAUUGCAGAUAUUUCAUCAUCUUGGAAUGGCGUGGGGUUUACGCUGGAGAUCAUCUUUAUCUGACGAGAUGGAGUAUAGUACAGAGAAACAGAAGUUGUCAUUGGAACCUGUGAUUCCCACAACGGACCAGUUAUCAUGGCUUAAUGUUGAAUGGAGCUGCAUAUUACAAGGCUCCCAAUAUCAUAUGAAUUUAUUGGAACCAUACAUUGCAUUUAGAAGAGUGUUGCUUCAAGUUUUGAGCUGUACUGACUGCAGUGUGCAGCAUCUUCUUGAAUCUGCGUCAACUCUUCGUAAGGGUGCAAGGUUAUCUCAGGCUGCUGCAGCUUUGCAUGAGUUCAAGUCCCUCUGUGCUGGCAAUGGAAUUACUCAGAAUAAUUUAUACUUGAUUGGCAGGAUUGAGGAAGCGAAGCUUUUGCGAGCACAAGGUCAGCAUGAAAUGGCAAUCAACCUCGCAAAGUAUAUAUCACAAAACUACCCAUCGAAUGCUGGGGCUUCAGAUGUAUAUCGCUUAGUUGGAAAGUGGCUUGCUGAAACACGAUCUAGCAACUCUAGGACUAUAUUGGAAAAGUACCUGAAGCAUGCAGUAACUCUUGCGGAGGAUCACAUGACUACUGACAAAAAGUCCAUGGGACGAAAAAGUCAAACACAUUUCCAUCUUGCUCAUUACACAGAUGCUCUUUUUCGUAAUUGCGAGGAAAUACUAAAUUCUAAUGAAUGGCAAGCAGCAUUGCGGUUGAGGAAACACAAGACAAGAGAGCUGGAGGCCCUAAUAAGGCGGUUGAAGAGUUCAUCUAAAGGGGACAAAACAGACUAUUCAAUAAAGAUACAAGAAUUGCAAAAGCAACUUUCCAUGGACAAGGAGGAAGCCGAGAAGUUGCAGCAAGACAAAGACAAUUUCUUGAGCAUUGCAUUGGAAGGAUAUAAACGCUGUUUGGUCAUCGGGGAUAAAUAUGAUAUAAGAGUGGUAUUUCGGCUUAUUUCAUUGUGGUUUAGUCUCUCAACCAAACCAAAUGUUGUCAGAGAAAUGCUUAGUACUAUUAAUGAAGUUCAGUCUUACAAGUUUAUACCUCUAGUUUACCAAAUUGCCUCGAGAAUGGGUGGCCCAAAAGAUGGACAAGGAGCUCAGAGUUUCCAGUUUGCUUUGGUUUCUCUUCUGAAGAAAAUGGCUAUCGACCAUCCGUACCAUACGGUAUUCCAGCUCUUAGCUCUGGCAAAUGGUGAUAGAAUCAAGGAUAAGCAGCGCAGUCGUAACUCUUUUGUGGUGGAUAUGGAUAAGAAGUAUGCUGCAGAAAACCUUUUAAAUGAGUUAUCUUCAUACCAUGGAGCUGUUAUAAGACAGAUGAAACAAAUGGUAGACAUGUACAUCAAACUUGCGGAACUGGAGACAAAGAAAGAGGAUACCAAUAAAAAGGUUACUCUACCAAGAGAUAUUCGCAGUAUUCGGCAACUUGAGCUUGUACCUGUAGUGACUUCUACUUUUCCCAUUGAUCAUAGUUGUCAAUAUCCUGAAGGCUCUUUUGCACACUUCAAAGGUUUAGCAGAUUCAGUCACGGUCAUGAAUGGUAUUAAUGCUCCGAAGGUUGUUGAAUGCCUUGGUUCUGAUGGUAACAAAUACCGUCAGCUUGCGAAAUCUGGAAAUGAUGAUUUGAGACAAGAUGCUGUAAUGGAACAAUUUUUUGGAUUAGUGAACACCUUUUUACAAAAUCAUAGGGAUACCUGGAAACGGAGACUAAGAAUACGUACAUACAAGGUGGUUCCUUUCACACCCAGUGCCGGUGUUCUUGAGUGGGUAAACGGCACUGUACCUCUGGGGGAAUAUCUUAUAGGGAGCAUGCGUAGUGGAGGUGCCCAUGGGCGCUAUGGAGCUGGUGACUGGACAUUUCUCAAAUGCCGGCAUCACAUGGCUACGGAAAAUGACAAAGGGAAAGCCUUCCAAGAAGUCUGUAAGAAUUUCAGGCCUGUCAUGCAUUAUUUUUUCUUGGAGAGGUUUUUACACCCAUCUGACUGGUUUGAAAAACGGCUUGCUUACACACGAAGUGUGGCAGCUAGUUCAAUGGUGGGUUACAUUGUUGGACUUGGAGAUCGCCACUCCAUGAACAUAUUAAUAGAUCAGGCAACUGCUGAAGUAGUUCAUAUUGAUCUUGGUGUUGCCUUUGAGCAGGGCUUGAUGCUUAAAACACCUGAGCGGGUCCCCUUUAGGCUGACAAGAGAUAUUGUAGAUGGUAUGGGAAUAACUGGAGUGGAAGGGGUAUUUAGAAGAUGUUGUGAGGAAACUCUAUCUGUUAUGCGGACUAAUAAAGAAGCAUUACUCACCAUCCUUGAAGUUUUCAUGCAUGAUCCAUUGUAUAAGUGGGCGCUAUCCCCUUUGAAGGCUUUACAACGUCAAAAGGAAACAUACGAUGAUCUUGAAACAAGUUUGGAAGACUCGCAAGAUGAAUAUGAAGGGAACAAGGAUGCCACCCGGGCUCUUCUGCGUGUUAAACAAAAGCUAGAUGGUUAUGAAGAAGGUGAAAUGAGAAGUGUGCAUGGGCAGGUACAACAGCUUAUACAAGAUGCAAUUGAUCCUGAUCGGCUGUGUCACAUGUUUCCUGGAUGGGGAUCUUGGAUGUAAUAUGGAUUCCUCAAAUCGGCCUUUUUUUGGCUCUGCAAAGUUGUAUGUUUUCCCCAUUGUAUAGUUGUCUUUAUAUGUUUGACGGAAUGACAUAACAUUACAAUUCGGCUCUAGCCUUCAUGAAACAUGUAAAGCCUCCAUUGUUUCAGACUUUCAGAUAUAUAAAGACUUCUCUGUAUAUAGCUCUUGUUUUGCUUA